AACGAACAACAUUGCAAUCCACGCCCAUACCUUCUCUAAGAUGAUCCACAACACACUCCGUAGUUGUGCUCGAAGUCGCCGAACUACAAUCGGAGUCCUUCGGUCUCGGACUCGGAGCCAAUUGCAGCAAGCAGAUUGACCCUGUCUCCGGAGGUCGAAAGGAGCGCCAACAAACACCUGCAGCAGUGGCCGUGCAGCAGUGGGGGCCGACUCAUGUAACCUUCGCAGCCUCGCAGUCUCUCCAACUCUCUCUGCCCCUCACUUGGCCUGCUUGCGAGUAUCGUGGCUGUAUCUUUCUCCUGCUGCGCUGCUGCUCUCAAACCAACAGAUCAAGAUGAAGUUUCUCUGCUUACAUGGCAAAGGCACCAGUGGUGCGAUCUUCAAGUCUCAGACCGCGGCGUUACGCUCGCGCCUGUCGGAAUUGAAAAUCGAAUGGGACUUUGUCGAUGGCUUCUACACGACCGAGCCCGCUCCCGGGGUUGACCUCUUCUACGCACCCCCCUACUACUCCUGGUACGAGAACGACACUAUCGACGAGAUCGAGAUCUGCCGCCAGCGCCUGCAGCAGUAUAUCAAGGCGAAUGGGCCCUACGACGCCGUGAUGACCUUCUCCCAAGGCGCCGCCGUAGCGUCCACAUUCGCACUACUCCAACUCUCCGAGGCGCCCGGCCAGCCGCUCCCCUUCAAGGCCGCAAUCUUUAUCUGCGCCGGCUCGCCGCUGCGCAUCAUGGAGCAGGUCGGCUACGAGAUCGCGCCGCAGGUGUGGGAGAAGGACAUUCUGACGCGGAAGGCGCUCGCGGCGCAGGCCGACGCCUCGGCGAUCCUGCUGCAGGGCUCCUCGCGGUGGAACGGGAACAACGGCGGCGCGAGGGAGUCGGAGGAGGACAUCCGGCGGGAGAUCACACCGUCGCAAACCGUGCUCUCGAUCCCCACGGUGCACGUAUACGGCGCGCGCGAUCCGCGGCUCUCGGCCGGCAUCCAGCUGUCGCAGACCUGCGACCCGGCGAAACGCAGGAUGUACGACCACGGCGGCGGCCAUGAGAUCCCGCGCACGGAGGCGGUGACGAGCAGUAUUGCGGCGUUGGUGCGGUGGGCAUUGCGCGCGGGCGGAGUGAUAUAG